AUGGAUAGCCUCUUCGUGGAGGAGGUGGCCGCCUCCCUGGUGAGGGAGUUUCUCAGCAGAAAGGGCUUGAAGAAGACAUGUGUGAUCAUGGACCAGGAACGCCCACGUUCGGAUCUCAGCAUAAACAGCAGAAAUGAGCUUCGCAAGGUUUUGCAUCUUGAAUUUCUCUACAAGGAGAACAAGGCAAAGGAAAACCCUUUAAAAACAAACCUGGAACUCAUUACCAGAUACUUUCUGGAUCACUUCGGAAACCCUGCUAACAAUUUCACUCAAGAAACACCAAUCCCUGCACUCUCAGUUCCAAAGAAAAAUAACAAAUUGCCGUUGAGAUGCUCAGAGACCACCCUCGUAAAUAUCUAUGACCUUUCGGAUGAAGAUGCAGGAUGGAGAUCAGAAACAAGCAAAGUCAGACAUGACAAUCUUGAUGGGGAUGUACUUGGCAAUUUUGUAUCUUCCAAAAGGCCCCCACACAAAAGUAAGCCGGUGCAGACGAUCCCAGGUGAAAACCCUGCCUUGAUUCCUGCUUGGGAGAAGAUGGAAAAUCUUAAAUCACUGGAGUCUUCUGUGGACGUGAAGAAGAUGGGAGAGAAGAGCAGGAUGAAGUCUGGCCUAAUUGUCCGAGGCAUGAUGACUGGGCCCAUGGCCAGUUCCCCGCAGGAUGCUCUCCGUAGACGCUCCCUGAGGCGGUCCCCAGCUUUGAGCAGCACGGCCCAGCUCCCAGAGGAAGAGAGUCGGAAGGUGCCGGAUCUCUCCACCCACUCCCCUACCUGUCUUGCCCCCGAGGAGGUCUCAAGCACCAGCUCCAUUGCCAGGAGCCCCCUGGGUCAGCUGAGCGAACUGGCCUUGGACAAGCAGAAAUCCACGUCCAGCAGCCCACCCCACCUGCCAAGCAAAGGGCUGCCCCAUCGGGAAAGGGGCAGGGUGAGAGACAUGUUUGAGGGCAGCUCAGCAGUGGACGGCAGCACAGAGGCGGACAGGAUCCCCUUGAAGCUCUACUUGCCUGGUGGAAAUUCCAGGACAACGCAGGAGAGGCUGGAAAGAGCGUUCAAACGGCAGGGCAGUCAGCCCCUGCCCCUCAGGAGAAAUCCGUUGCUGGUGUCUGACGAUGCAGUUGGCGAGCUGGAUGCCCUGCAUCUUGAGGAUGUGGAGGAUGAAUUGAUUAGGGAUGAAGUUAUCCUGCCCCCAGCACCAUCAGUGUUCAAGCUGCAAACAGCAUCGAAGCCAAUCGACCUUUCAGUGGCAAAGGACAUAAAGAUUCUUCUGUUUGGUUCAAGCUUUGGCUGUUUCAAUGAAGAAUGGAAACUGCAGAGUUUUUCCUUUAAUGACACAGCUUCCUUAAAAUAUGGCAUUGUGCAGAACAAGGGUGGUCCCUGUGGGGUGCUGGCAGCGGUCCAAGGAUGUGUCUUAAAAAAGCUCCUGUUUGAAGGGGAGAGCAGAGCCAGCUCUGUUCGGCAGUUGCAGCCUUCAAACACCCACAGGACCCACUGCCUGGCCAAGGCCAUUGCGGACAUUCUGUGGCAGGCUGGGGACCAAGAGAGAGCCGUGGUCACACUGGUUUCAGGAACACAGCAGUUCAGUCCAACCGGGAAAUACAAAGCAGAUGGAGUCUUAGAAACACUCAUACUCCACAGUCUGACCUGCUACGAAGAACUGGAGAUGUUUCUUCAGCAAAGCAUCUAUCAGUUUGAGACGGGUCCUUACGGCUGCAUCCUGCUCACCCUGUCUGCCAUCCUGUCCAGGUCCACGGAGCUAAUUCGCCAGGACUUCGAUGUCCCCACCAGCCACCUGAUUGGUGCGCACGGAUACUGCACCCAGGAACUUGUCAAUCUGCUCCUGACCGGGAAAGCCGUGUCCAAUGUUUUCAACGAUGUGGUUGAGUUGGAUUCUGGGAACGGGAACAUCACGCUUCUCAAAGGCAUUGCCGCACGCAGUGAUGUGGGCUUUUUGUCUCUCUUUGAGCACUACAAUGUGUGCCAGGUCGGUUGCUUCCUGAAGACCCCGAGGUUCCCCAUCUGGGUGGUGUGCAGUGAGAGCCACUUCAGCGUCCUCUUCAGCCUACAGUCAGAGCUCCUGCGGGAUUGGAGAACCGAGCGGCUUUUCGACCUGUACUACUACGACAGCCUGGCCAACCAGCAGGACCAGAUCCGGCUGACCAUCGAUACUACACAGACCGUCCCUGAAGACAAAGACAAUGACCUGGUCCCACCCCUGGAACUUUGCAUCAGGACCAAGUGA